AACCAUUCUUUAUUGAAGAUCAAACCCGUUUAGUCAUUAAUACAUUAAACGCGUUUAGAAAUACGCGAAAUUUCGAACGUACAACCCCGGACAUUAAUAUUGAAGAAAUUGAGAACGAUUCGGACGAUUAUUAUUCUGAAACAAGACAUUCAGAAAAAAACGAGGAAAAUUUAAUUAAUAACAAUCUUUUCGAAGAACAAGGAACCCCACCAUCACAAUAUCAAACUCAAACACCAACUCCAGAACCAGAAGAAGACGAAAUGGCAAACAUAGACACCGUUUUGAACACUGUAAAUCAACUGACGAAUGCUAACCUCAACGAUAUCACUACCGUUCUACAAGGACUAGCUCGUAGGCUGAAACAAAUGGAAACGACAAGUCGACCGCAAAAUGGUGGAAAUAAUCAACGCUCAACAUGGAAUCGACCGAAUUAUACCCUCCUAGCGGAACAUGAAUAUCUAACAGACGAACGAAAAAGAACUCGUGUUAACGAAGCUGGCGAAUCUGCGGAUGCUA